CACUUUGUUGAAAAGUGCAACCAAAGUUUGACCUUAGAAGAAUAACCUAAGCAAAAAGGCAGCCAAAUGUAAAGCUGCAGGCCACAAUACGCCCACCGAGAAAAACAAUGACACAUCCAUUAGCAAGAAACAUAAGCAACUAGCUAAGAACCUAUUGUCACUUACCCUUCAACGCUUUUUCACAGGAAAACUCAAGAAAAAUCGAAAUUUUAAGUCGGAAAAAUUGUUGGUAAAAUUUAGAGCUACGUUGCUAACUCGAGGGUUACCUAUGGCUUCCCAGCACAAAAAGGUGAUCGUUGUCGAUUCGAAGAGCUCCUACGACAAGCUACUCGAGGAUGCAGGGCCCAACAAACAUGUCCUGGUCGAGUUCUAUGCCACCUGGUGUGGUCCUUGCGCGAUGAUUGGGCCCCGUUUGGAGCAACUGGCAACGGAGUACUCCAGCCGGAUGAUGAUCCUCAAGAUCGACGUGGACCAGAACGAGGAUCUGGCACUCCAGUACGAGAUCAGUAGCAUGCCCACGUUUCUGAUCAUCAAGAACCGUGUGACCCUCUUCCAGUUCGUGGGCAGCAAUGUCGAUAGAGUCGUCAGCACGGUGGAAAAAUAUGUGGGCAGGGCAGAUGAAGUGCCAGUCAAGGCGGGAAACAAGUCAAACGAAGGCAAUGCCAACUCAGCUCCCGUGUCAAAAUUGUAGAAAUGCCAAAAUCCCUCUGGCUGUUUUAAUCUGGUCAUUACCAUGCAGUUAAAAACCAAAAUAAAGUGUGUAUAAAACUUUA